UAUUAAUCGGUAAAAUACAGCCAAUAUCCGGCCUGAUAUCCAUAUAAGCUUGACCGUGAUUUUAAGAACGUUAUCAACUUAUCGGUAUCGUAGUGGCAUGGAUGCCGCAUGGAAUUAACUGCAGCUCGCCAUCGGACUACAGCACAUCUGGUACGACCCCGAAUCGGCGACGUUAUUCCGGAUAACCUUAUACUUUUAAACUUCUCCCCGUUCCAACGUUCCAAUAUUUAAUUGGUGAUUGUUACCUUUAGACGUUUUGUGAACUUGUUUAAAGUUGGGCGAGAUGAGAAUUGGGAAAUUGCGACGAGCCGAUGCCAAGUAAUAUUCUACUCUGAGCAACUUAAGAGAAACACACAGACACAUCGCAAACAACGAACAACAACACAUCACGAGGACAAGUACCACCUCAAGUCUUCGCCUCCAGCACCACCGCAACCAAGAACUACCAACUACCAACUAAAGACGAACAACAAAUGGCCUUCUUACAAUUACAAAAAGACCUCGAGAAGCUGACUAGCUCAGCCCAACUGUCAAAUGCAGAGGAAGAUGUAGACAAGAUCAUAGAGCUCCUCACCGAUGCGCGGGAAAAGGUAGCAGCAGCAAACGACCCUCACACCACGAGCCUAACCCUCACCAAACUACAAAACCCGAUCAAAGAGAAGUUGGAUGGAUUGAAUAGUGAUCUAAAGCUCGUCUACAAGGCCCAGAAUGAGUUCAACAAGUCCCUAAAGACAGCAUUUUCCAAAGCCAAAGGUAGCCUACCUACUGAGCACGAUCCUAUGGAGGCGCAAUCAACUCUUAUCAACAGAGCCAUCGCAAUGCAUCUUUUACGGGAGGGUCAGUUCGAGGUGGCAUCGACGUUUAUCCAAGAGGCGCAACCGACACCCGAAGCCACUCAGUCUCAACAAUUCUCUUCAUCCACACUCGAGCCUUCCACCUCACAUCGCUCCCAACCACCCUCCGAUGCCAUCAUAGCCGACGCCGACAUCCCCUCCGACCUCACAUCCCUACAAUCAAAAGCUUUAGAAUCGUCAUUCGCAGACAUGUACAGCAUACUCAGAGAACUAAAAGAGCAAAACCUUCUCCCCGCUAUACAUUGGGCUAGGGAGAAUCACGUGGAACUGGAGGCUCGAGGAUCAAAUCUCGAGUUUGAAUUGUGCAAGUUGCAAUUCAUAUGGUUGUUCAAGGGCCCUGCUUUCAACGGGCUUCCCGACAAUUCCGACAAUGGCGUUUCGGGCGCGCUGCGCUAUGCUAGGGAGAACUUCAACCGCUUCCAGCUACGUCACCUACGUGAGAUCCAACAGCUCAGCGCCGCUAUGGUAUACUCGCCAAACCUGAUUGAUUCACCGUACGGAUCCAUCUUCGACAUCUCAGCAGCAUUUGAGGAAGUAGCCGGAUCUUUCACACGCGAAUUCUGCUCGCUUCUAGGUCUAUCAGCCGAGUCACCUCUCUACGUAGCAGCAACAGCCGGAGCACUGGCACUUCCACAACUCGUCAAAUACAACUCCAAGACGAAAGCUAGAAAUACAGAAUGGACGACGGCGAAUGAACUCGCCUUCGAAACCCCUCUUCCCCGCAGCAUGAUGUACCACUCGAUCUUCGUAUGUCCGGUUAGCAAGGAGCAAACCACCGAAACGAAUCCCCCCGUCAUCCUACCCUGCGGCCACGUCUUAGCCCGCGAGAGUCUGCAGAGAUUGGCGAAGGGAAAUAGGUACAAGUGUCCCUACUGCCCGAGCGAAGGCACCGUGAAGGAUGCUAAGGAGAUCAUUUUGUAGAGCAAGUGAAAUUAAAUGGGACUUCUUUCCGGGGAUAGCAUAAGGUGUUGUUGAUAGGUAUUGGGAUGGGAUUAAGAUUGAUUAGUUGGUCUGCCUCGUCAAUUGAUUCGGUGAUUAGGUGAAUAUGGCGUAUAUCAAUGGGAAUGAGACUGGGGACUCCCCUCAUCGGUACUGGAGUUAGGCGCGUGGCGUCUUGAAUCGCUCUUUUGUGGUACUUACCACUCUAUAGUUUAUUACGGAAAUAUAUUACAAGCGUUGCUACGUGUGAUGCGUUUUUCACUCAGCUCAUUAUUCAUUCGGAGUUACUAUCGAUUAUUAUGAGUAAAAGUCACA